AUGCCAGGUUCAUAUGAGUCUUCAGCAGAUUGUUCGUCAGAUGGUACAUUAGCUUUUUCUUUUCCUUUUGACUUCUCUGGUCCAACUGUCUCAACUAAAGCCUUCAUCUCCAUUACAUAUUUCUCAGGCACAAAUACUGUAUCAGGAUGCAGAUUUUCAGGUCCCUUUGCCCCACCUUUUGCAGGGUUUCUUUUAACAUAUACAGCUGCUGUCUGCCAAGGAGGCACCUGUAUUGGUUGGCACAUUGUUAAAGGCUGGGCAAAAGGCGUGUGCUUAGCAUUUCUUCAGAGCCAUGGCCAGGCCAACUGGGGGAAAGCCAACUAUGAAUCACUCAAGCAUGCCUUUGAUGACCAGUUUGAACUUGUACCACCAAAGGCUGGACUUCAUGUCAAGGCACAUAUUCAAUAUACCUGUUGGAAAAAAGACCAUGUCAUACUGGAUGGCUGGGAGGCGACGACGACAAGCAGCACGUCCAUUGACGUUCUGCGUCGUCUUUGGCCCAGUCAGCGACGUGGCAAUGCAACACUAACAGACAUGACAACAAACAAGAACCCGCCCACCCACGAACAAUGUACACCACCCCAAACGACCCCCACCACCCAUGAGCGCCCAGACACGACGCUGAACACCCACAGCAUGACAACAAAUGAGCCUGCCCAGCUGCGAAUGACAUACACCCAUGAAAAGAGCCCCACAUGCCCAGGAGCACCCAUGAACAACAACCACCAUGAACGCAACACGAGCUUUUACUUCCCAGUCCCCUAUAUUCUCUAG